AAAAUUAAGUGACCCUAAUCAGAUUUGUAUUCCUGCAAUCGACCGACCCUGCCCAAAUCAGAACUAAUAUAAAAUUGUUGGACCGAAUGCAAUUUCAAAAAUUUGAAACAAAACACGAUCCCUCUCUUCUGUAGUCGGCGUCACCAGCCCUAACCCAUUUCCGCCGCCACGAAGAACACACUCACACCACUAACACAGCCAGAAGCCGUUCCGUCCGAUAAAUCGCCGCCGCGGUGCGCGAGAGCCGCACAUAUUUCCAUUCCGGCGAUAAAUCGUUUAUUUUAGAUUUUAGAACGCCAGCCGCUGUUGCCGGAAUUUUGUCGCGGUGGCCUCCGUUCCGGUUCCACUAACCCCGUUCCGGCCGCUAUAGAGGCGUUCCGGCGAACCAUGGAAGAGAGCAAUGUGAAAUUUGGGGCAAUGGAAGAUGUAAAGGCUGGGUCUUUGCUCGAGGUAAAGGGCACCGAAUUACAAGGGAAGCAAAUGCCAGUGAAAAAUGAAGAACAAGGAAUCGAAGGUGAUGAUUUCUCGUUGAAAAAUGAAAAGGACUCGUUGACAGAGAAAAUUACCAAGGAAGAAAUUGAUUGUGCUAAUAACUCAGAAAUUGAACCGCGGGAUAAAACACGCGCUAUUUCGCGAGUGAGCAAGAGCAAAGAUAACAAACCAAAAGAGACUAAAGCCGAAAAAGAUGAACAAGAUUCUGAUAACGGCUCGCAGCAUAAGAAGUACCGGAAUUUAAGGAAAAAAAGAUCUCCAGAAACAAUGGAAGAAAGGAGAGCUUGUACCAAGAGAAAGUAUAUCAGUGAUGAUCCGAAAGAUGCGUACCAGAUGUGUCAUCAGUGCAUGAAGAGUGAUAGGAAAGUGGUGAGGUGCAGCGAAUGCGCCCAAAAAAAUCAACAUAAACGCUACUGCUUCCCUUGCAUUGAGAGAUGGUAUCCCGAACUAUCUGAGGAAGAUAUAGUUAAGGCUUGCCCAUGUUGCCGUAAUAGUUGUAACUGUAAAGCCUGUUUACGUAGAUUUAAUGUACCGAAGGAUUUAUAUUCUGGUGAUCCGAAAAAUAAUUUGGAAAAGAUAUGGUUCUUUAAGUAUCUCAUUAGUUACCUCCUGCCUUUUCUCGAGGAAUUUAGUCAAAAUCAGAGUGCGGAAAAAGACGUGGAAGCCAAGAUUCGUGGAUCGUCGCUGUCAGAUGUAAAGAUAGAGAAAAUUGACUACUCUAUUGAUGAGCGUCUGUAUUGCAACAAUUGCAGGACCUCCAUCGUUGAUUUCCAUCGAAGCUGUUCGAGUUGUUCGUAUGAUCUCUGUGUGACUUGCUGCAAGGAGAUUCGAGAAGGCUGUUUGAGAGUCUGUGAUAGGGAUGUAGUAAUCAAGUAUGAAGAUAAAGGAAUUGACUACUUGCAUGGAAAAGAAUCGUUAAAGAAGAAAUUAACUCGAGUGUCACCCAGUGAGUCAAAUAGCAGCGAAGAAUUGCCAUUGCCCGAGUGGAAAGCAACAGAAUUAGGUCAGAUUCCUUGCCCACCAAAGGAAAGGGGUGGGUGUGGACAUGGAAAUUUGGAGCUCAAGUGUAUUUUUGGUGAAAAUUGGGUGUCGGAUUUAAAGGAAAAUGCUAAAAAAAUAGUUCUUUCGUGUGGAUCUGCUGAGGUAUCUCAUAGUCAAAGUCAAUGUCCUUGUUUUGAAUUAAAUAAGGGUGUUAAUGUUGAGGAUGAACAAUUGAGAAAGGCGGCCAAUCGAGGAGAUUCUGAUGACAAUUACUUAUACUGUCCUCUAGCAAGUGACAUACAGCCAGGGAAACUGGAGCACUUUCGGAGACACUGGAUAAUGGGAGAGCCAAUUGUUGUAAGAGAUGUUCUCAAACUUACAUCUGGAUUGAGCUGGGACCCAAUGGUGAUGUGGCGUGCAUGCCGUCAGAUUUUAAUUAAAAAGGGUUCCUCCGACUUGAUGGUGACAGCUUUGGAUUGCCUCGACUCCUGUGAGGUUGAUAUAAACAUUCACCAAUUUUUUACGGGAUACACUGAAGGCCGGAAACACUAUAAUUCAUGGCCUGAAAUGCUUAAAUUGAAGGAUUGGCCCCCUUCCACCUUGUUUGAGAAGCGACUGCCACGCCAUGGUGCAGAAUUUCUCAGUGCCUUGCCCUACAAAGAAUAUACACACCCACGCUCAGGAAUUCUAAAUUUGGCUGCAAAAUUGUCUACGGAAAAGCUGAAGGAAAUUCUAAAUUUGAAGAAUACAAAAUCGUCUGUAGAAAUGCUGAAGCCAGACCUUGGGCCUAAAACAUAUAUAGCUUAUGGAUUUCCUGAAGAGCUUGGGCGUGGGGAUUCCGUAACCAAGCUUCAUUGUGAUAUGUCAGAUGCGGUGAAUGUUUUGAUGCACACUGCUGAUGUGGAUCCUAAGAAGCAUCAGUUUUCAAAGAUUGAAAAGUUAAAGAAAGAUCAUAUUAAACAGGACCGGAGAGAACUUUUCUGUAACGCCAAUACGGAUGACAAAGAGACCGGGAUCACUAUGCAAGAAUCUGAGUCUGCAUUUAUACAGGGAGGUGCCAUUUGGGACAUCUUCCGAAGACAAGAUGUACCCAAGCUUGAGGAAUAUCUUAGGAAACACCAUAAAGAAUUCCGGCAUAUUUAUGGUUGUCCAGUAGAGCAGGUUGUUCACCCGAUUCAUGAUCAGAGCUUGUACUUGACCUCUUAUCACAAAGCAAAGCUCAAAGAGGAAUUUGGAGUAGAACCGUGGACUUUUGUGCAAAACCUUGGAGAGGCUGUUUUCAUUCCUGCAGGAUGCCCUCAUCAAGUUCGAAAUCUCAAGUCUUGCAUAAAAGUUGCUCUUGAUUUUGUUUCGCCUGAAAAUCUUGGAGAGUGCAUCCGCUUGACCGAGGAGUUUCGUAUUCUUCCUCAGAACCACAGAGCUAAGGAAGACAAACUAGAGGUAAAGAAGAUGGCUAUCCAUGCAAUAAAUCACGCGGUGACCGGUCUCGAGGAUCUUAUACUAGCUGUAGCACAAGAAGCAAAGGAGCCAGUGUGUGGGACGGAUUAAAGCUUAUGCCAACAAACGAAAGAUGAAGAUUUGCGUGCUUAUUUUGUAAUCCGUCUUAUUCUGUACUUCUUCUCUGUAAAUUGCAAUACUUCUGUACGGUUCCUUUUGUAGAGACCUUGUUGAUGUGCGAUGUUUUCUCUCCAGUGACAUCAUGCUAGUGACAUCAUGCUUUUAAUUUGUUAUUACAAGACACAAGUUGAAUGUGACUAUGGGAAGCAUGGAAUUUAUAAUUUUCAUUUUUUUUUUU